GCGCUGUGUUGCAAUGGCCUUUGCUGCGACAGCACUUUGCGGCAGUGGAGAGAGCUCGAGGAGAAGGCAGCAACUACUAACGUCGCCACUUGCAGCGCUUCGGCCUCAACAAUCCGGGGAUUUACGCCACGUUUGGCGAACCGACACCCCCGUCGUCGUCGUGUAUCUUCUCGCCUCUUGGAUGAGAUUGCGCCCAACAUUUCCCAAGCGCGAAUCGCCACCUUGAUGCGGUGGAAUGGCCACAGUGCCGCCUGGGCCUAGUAGCGCACUGCCUGCAUCCCCGGCUGAAAGUCCACCUUUCCCCGAGGACAGAGGGCCGCGUUGCCUCGGGGAGGAGGAGGUCGUGUCCGGCGGGGUGGGGAGGGCAAAGCCGCUGCCUGUCUGCGAAGCCAAGCAGUCGGUCAAAAAGAAACAGGCGAGCAUGCUAGCUCGACCUAGCCAGCCGGCGCUACACCUCCAAGCCGGGGAGCCGCAGCAGCAGCAGCUCAACGGCUUGGCGAGUCCCCUCCAGGAGCCGGACUGCCACUCUUUUCAACUGGGCCAGCCUGGCGAUCCGAGACUGUCCGCGGACAACAGUGACAGCGACGGGAACGACGUGGAGAACUGCCAACAUGAAGGGCCCCUCUCUAAAAACGGCAGCCAUUCGCCGCUGGUUAGCAACAGCAUGAACGGCAUGCCGGACCCGACAAGAACUCGGGCGGUCCGCGGCCUUACCGGCGACGACUUGGACCACACCGUAUCCGGUCCCGGAGAGCGGGAACCCCAGCCGCCCGCAGCCGAGCUGGCCCGGCUGAACCUGAGCGGCUCGGAGGAGAGCCACGACAUUUGUUAUGUGCGCUACGAGUCCGAGCUGCAGAUGCCGUGGAUCAUGAGACUGAUCACCAAGGACUUGUCUGAGCCUUAUUCCAUUUACACUUACAGGUACUUCAUCCACAACUGGCCGCAGCUCUGCUUCCUGGCCAUGGUGGAGCAGGAGUGUGUGGGCGCCAUCGUGUGUAAGCUCGACUUGCACAAGAAGAUGUUUCGACGCGGGUACAUCGCCAUGUUGGCCGUCGACUCUAAACACAGAAGGAAAAGCAUCGGUACUAAUCUGGUGAAGAAGGCCAUCUACGCCAUGGUGGAGGGCGACUGUGAUGAGGUGGUUUUGGAGACUGAGAUCACCAACAAAUCGGCCCUGAAGCUCUACGAGAACUUAGGCUUUGUGAGGGACAAGCGGCUCUUCAGAUACUACCUUAACGGUGUGGACGCGCUGAGGCUCAAACUGUGGCUCCGCUGAAAUGGGAGGAGAUGAGGACAGGAGACUCUAGAGAAGGAGAAGGAGGAGGGAGGGGGUGACGGGACGAGAGAGACGACAAGACGUGCUGUUCAUCUCUUUACACACACACAUAAACAUGCAACAGUAUGCACAUAUGCAUGCAUACACACAAUCACACAUUAUUCUUAACCUUGAACACGUUUCAAGACAAACCCUCCAAAUGUUUCCAUGAAGGGCCCACCCUCCUCCUCCUCUGUCAGCUCUUUUUAAAAGAGGAAAGAGUUGGGGGGAUGACCUUUUUUUUUUUUUUUUUACCUUCAAACUCCGUAGGAGGGAACAUCGAGCGACGCCACGCUGGACGAAUGCUCGAGACAAACUUGCAGGAAAAAAAACAGUAGGCAGCAAGACGCAGAAACUUAAUUGUGGACUUUAUUUUUGUGUUUCUUUUUUUAAAGCCUUGGAGGAGGUAACGACUGCAUACAGUAUAAGAGAGCGAGAGAGUGUGUGUGUACGUGCGCUUGCGUUUGUUUUUGAGUGAAAGUUUUGCGUUCUCCAAAUGUGUCCACAUGGCGGCGCUGUGUCAGCCAGACACCACAGCUUCUCAAGGACUAAAGCCUGUAAAGCUGCGCAUGCGUUUAUUUUCAAGUGUAUGUGUGUGCGCUAAUGACGACCAGUGUGAACUCCUGAAUCACUCCACUAUCACCUCAAUUGUCACCAUCAAUUUUAGUUUAUUUUUUAUUAACCUCAGCUGUUCAAAAGCAGUCAGUACUAACUUCUUAGUUUCCUACAUAAAAGUUGCAAACUUUCUUAAUGCACUGCCAAACCCCCCCCAAAAAAAGAAAAAAAGACAAGUAUAUGCGUGUGCAAGACAAUGCCAACUAGAAAGACACUCAGUACAACAAAGACCUGCGCCAAGGCCAAACAGUUAAAAUGUAGCUACAAGUGUCAGUUGUUGUCAAAUAGUAGUUACUCUUUGGCAAUACGUCACUUCCAGCCAAGGGGCACCACUGCAGCCCUCGGAGUGCAGCAGUUUGGCCCCGCCUGCCUUUGAAUAUCUCCCAAAUUGUGCCGGAUCCCUUUCUCUGUGAUCAUCUCAGCGCUAAAGCAAUUCUUAGCAGAUUGUGUUUUGAGUUUGAGCAGUGCACGCAACCUCACUUUGUGCACCUUCGCUAACAAGGUGUUGCUAGGUCCCAAGCCACGACACUACUUGCGACAAAGAACUGCCUUUUUGUUGUUUAGCUCGGGGAAAGAAAGAACAAAGUUAAGAUGCACUUGCUUGGAAAUUGCUGCUGCUGCUGCUGCUGUGUGUGUGUGUGUGUGUGUGUGUGUGUGUGUGUGUGUGUGUGUGUGUGUGUGUGUGUGUGUGUGUGUGUGUGUGUGUGUGUGUGUGUGUGUGUGUGUGUGUGUGUGUGUGUGUGUGUGUGUGUGUGUGUGUGUGUGUGUGUGUGUGUGUGUGUGUGUGUGUGUGUGUGUGUGUGUGUGUGUGUGUGUGUGUGUGUGUGUGUGUGCCCUACUUUCACCGUUUGCUGUUUGAGUUCAUUCCAAUGUUUUGUUUUUUUCUCUUUGACUUAAAAGAUCUGCACAGGAAAAACAAUUCGGACAAAAGAGUAUUGCGGCCAUGCUGAAAAGAAACUUUGACAGUUAUUACAAGAAUAAAGUCAAACAUUUUCUCGCUAC